GCGGACAGGCCCUGGCCCAGCUUGGCAGCGGUUUGGUCCACGCGUGUCUGGGCCAGCCUCUCCUGGAACUCGAGCCUGCUGAAAAUAGCCUGCUGAAAUUCAAUGCAGGAAAAAGAAGCUGGGAAAUGGUUCUUGUGUUGUACUUUAAAUUAAAUCCCAACGCACGGCCAGAAGUCCCUACCCUGAGCCCGUGGUCAGCCCCCAUCGUAUGGGAUGGCACAUUCAAAACUUCUAUCCUGAACAAUCGCUAUAAGCAGCAGAAAAUCACCAUCGGACUGACCGUUUUUGCCACUGGGAGGUAUCUGGACAAAUACUUGGAGGACUUCUUAAUUUCCGCAGAUGCCUUUUUCAUGACGGGCCACAAGGUGAUCUUCUACAUCAUGGUCGAUGACCUCUCCAAAGUGCCCGAGAUCAAGCUGAGCCCACAGCGGACACUGAAGUUCUUCCAAGUCAAGCAGGAGAGCCGGUGGCAAGAUGUCAGCAUGAUGCGGAUGAAGACCAUAGGUGACCUGGUCCAAGCGUGCAUCCGCUACGAGGUGGAUUUCCUUUUCUGCAUGGAUGUUGACCAGAUCUUCCAAAGCGACUACGGGGUGGAGACCCUCGAUGAGUCUGUGGCCCAGCUCCACGCCUGGUUUUAUAACAUGGAGAAGACCUCCUUCACCUACGAGAGGCGUCCCACGUCGGCCGCGUACAUCUCUUACGAAGAGGGGGACUAUUAUUACCAUGGAGCAGUAUUUGGGGGCACCCCACUGCAGGUCCUGAACCUCACCAGACAAUGCUACCAAGGCAUUCUACAAGACAAAGGACAGGACAUGGAAGCCAUCUGGCACGACGAGAGCCACCUCAACAAGUAUUUCCUGCUCAACAAGCCGACCAAACUGCUGUCCCCGGAGUAUUGCUGGGAUUAUAGAAUCGGCUUCCCCCCUCAGAUCCACAAUAUCAAGCUGUUCUGGAUGCCAAAGGAAUACGAAGAGGUCAGAGACAACUCCUGACCUGCCCCACACCCGUGAAACAGACCAGAGAGCUGGCCGGCCGCUUCUGCCCCGGCCUUCCCGGGAGCCAACGGUUCAGAUGAACACAUAAACAGCAUGGCUGCGCCUAACUCCGUAAUCUGGCCCCCCUUCUGCCCCUGCAGAAGAAAGGGGGCAAGCUGAAGGCACAGAGGGAUUGCCAACGAUAGAGGAGGGGGCCUGUCUUCUGCCACUACCUGGAGCCAUCAUCAGCUGCCAUCUUAUUUUCUUGCAGCAUCUGACAGCAGGUGGUUCCGGGCAACCUCCUCUGUCUCUACAGUACUUUUGUGCAUCACCACAACUCGUUCUGGGUUGCAGUGCCUGAAGUCCUCCGGGGAGGCUUAGCCUUGUUUUCAGACUCCUGAAAGAGGGGAUCAGAGCUGUGCCUUACAGCCAUUGAAGCCUCUAUGCCUUUCCCCCCGGAACCAAACCCCUCGAGCCUUCGCCGUCUUUCUUGGUCUUUCAUCUUGCAGAGUUUGCUCCGCCUUUCAAAUUCCGGGUGCUUGGAACUUUUCUAUCUUCGUCUCUCGAGCGGCAACGUUUCUGAAACUGCAUUUGUCCUUUUGCAAGAAUGUUCCUGGACUGGCAGAUACCCAGCGGUCCCUCACAUUCUCGAGACAUUGCGCGAAGCGAGGGCACGAUUUCACUGCCACGAGGAAGGGGACUUCACAGAGAGAAGUCGAAGGAUUGAAAGCAGAGUAGUUUUGCACGCUCCCACUCUGGUGUCAAUAGCAAAGCAUAAAGAAUUCAGGAGGCGGAAGGAGG